AUGCCCCGCAAAUCCAUCCUCUCCGUCAAUGCCGGCUCCUCCUCGGUCAAACUCACCUUCUAUACUUUCGAGCAGCACCCCAAGGUGAUCGCGACCGCGCAGGUCUCCGGCAUCACCGCCCCACCGGCCAAGCUUAAGUACACCUGCGGCGAGAAGAACCACACCGAGGAGAUCAAGGAAAGCGUCGGAACCCCGCAGGACGCCUUCAAGUUCCUCCUCGACCGCUGCGUCUCCGACCCGGAACUGUCGGAAGUCGGCAGCAAGGACGAUCUGGCCUACAUCUGCCACCGCGUCGUCCACGGGGGUGACUACGACUCCUCCGUGGUGAUCACCGAGGAGACCUAUCACCAUUUGGAGAAAUUGGAGGAUCUGGCUCCUUUACACAACUUCUCCGCUUUGGAAAUCAUCCGUCACUGCCGGACCGAGAUCCCCGACGUGAAAAGCAUCACCUUCUUCGACUCGGCAUUCCACCAGACGAUCCCCGAGCACGUGCGCACGUACCCCAUCGAUCCGGAAGUCGCCAAAUCCAAGGGUCUGCGGAAGUAUGGCUUCCACGGCAUCAGCUACUCAUAUAUCCUGCGAUCGGUGGCGGAAUUCCUUAACAAGCCCGUCGAGCAGACAAGCGUGAUUGCGAUGCAUGUCGGAAGCGGCGCCUCGAUGUGUGCGAUCAAGGAUGGCAAAUCGGUCGAUACCACGAUGGGCUUGACUCCUCUGGCGGGACUGCCGGGUGCGACGCGAAGCGGAGAUAUUGAUCCAUCACUCGUAUUCCACUACACCAGCGAAGCAGGCAAAUUGAGCCCGGCCAGCACCAAAGAAAUGCACAUCAGCACGGCCGAAGAAAUCCUCAACAAGAAGUCCGGGUGGAAGGCCCUGACGGGCACCACCGACUUCUCCCAAAUCGCCGUCGAGAACCCCCCGAGCGCCAGCCACAAGCUCGCGUUUGACAUCAUCGUGGACCGUAUCCUCGGCUACAUCGGGAAUUACUACCUGAAGCUGGGCGGCAAGGUCGAUGCCCUCGUGUUUGCGGGAGGCAUUGGCGAAAAGAGCGCUCUCCUGCGGAAGGCGGUGAUCGAGCGAUGCGAGUGUCUCGGUUUCGCUAUCGACGAGGCGUCCAACGACAAGGGCCCGGGCGAGGGCCAGACGGUGGUGGAUGUUUCCAAGGCUGGUGGUUCCAGGGGACCGCGGGUGUUGAUUUGCCAGACCGAUGAACAGUACGAGAUGGCACAUGGAUGUGUUGAGAAGUACGGCACGAACACCAGCUCGUGA